GGUCCCUCUGCAGAGGGCUGCUUGCUCCGGGUGCGACCGUGGCUUCCCGCCUACCCGUGCGCCCAGCCCUGCGAGCGCCCCCGCGACCUCGGCGACAGCGUCUGCCAGGGACCCCGGCGCCCGCGGUUGACCCUUAAAUAAAACAAAAAUCUAUCCAGUAAAAGGGCUUUCAUGAAGAAAUUAAAGAGAGAAAUUACAAGUAAUAGAGAAACUAGGCAUUUUUAUAACUGGAAAAACCACCUAAAACAACUGUAUGGAGUAAGACAAAAGGAGUGAUUACAUCGGGAAGAAAUUUCACUUAGUGUGAUAUUUUUGCCUACUUUUUUGUCAUAAAAGGCUGCUAAGGAAGAGAGGAUAUACUUUUCUAGAGAAAGAAAGAGUGUAAUAUAAAAAUGGAGAUCACAGUUCCUGAAAUACAAGUAGAAAGCAAGGAUGAGAAGAGAUCAGCAGAAGUUAGUCCUCAGAAUGAGAGGCAGGAGGAAAAAGCAUCGACGCUUUGCUUCAAGAGAAGAAAGAAAGCAGCCAAAGCAAUGAAGCCCAGUGCUGGCUCUGAAGCUGCUGAUGCAGCAAGGAAGUGUUCCCCAGAAGCAGGAGCCUCUGAUCAGCCAGAGCCCCCCGGGGGGGCCUGGGCCUCCAUCAAACGCCUUGUAACGCGCAGCAAAAGGUCAGAUUCUUCAAAGCAGCAAAAGCCCUUUGAGGCCAAAGUGCAACCUGAAAUCAAUGCUGAGGAUGAUCAUUCUAAAAAAAGGGCAAAGUCCAGACUCAAGAUUCCCUGUAUAAAAUUCUCAAAAGGGGAGAAAAGAAGUAAUCAUUCCAAAAUUAUAGAAGACUCAGACUGCAGUAUCAAAGUCCAACGAGAGGCUGGAAGUUUGGAUACAAAAACUCUGACCCAAUCAGAUGACCAGGCAGCAAAGACCAAGUCGAAGCAGGAUGUAAGGGAAGAUGUCUCACAGAAAGGGAGUGAUGAGGUCUGUGAAUCAAAUGUGAACAACAGCGUAACUUCUCCUGGAGAGAAAGUGAUUUCAGUAGAACUUGAGUUAGAUACAGGGCAUUCUGCUAUUCAAACAGGAACUCUAAUCCUUGAAAAAGACAUUGAAAUGCUUGAGGAAAAACAAAGCAUUCAACCUCAGCAAGCAAGCCCACUGGAAAUUUCAGACACAGAACACCAGCUCCCAGUGGUUUCUGAUGUUCCUCCCUCACCUGCAGUCCCAGAUCAACAAAUUCUGGAAGAAGCCAGAAACAGUAUCCUAGAAAGUGGACCAGACUGGAAAGACCGUGAAAGUAAAGAGACUGUUGCUGAGGAGAGUAAGCCGAAAGAUACUGAACUGAGCCAGGAAUCAGAUUUUCAAGUAAAUGAAAUCACUGCAGAAAAACCCAAACCAGAAGAAAGCAAAAGAAUGGAGCCAAUUGCUAUUAUUAUCACAGACACUGAAAUCAGUGAAUUUGAUGUUAAGAAAUCUAGAAAUGUCCCUAAGCAAUUCUUAAUUUCAAUCGAAAAUGAGCAAGUGGGGGUUUUUGCUAAUGAUAGUGGUUUUGAGAGCAGAACUUCAGAACAAUAUGAAACACUCUUAAUAGAAACAGCUUCUUCUCUUGUCAAGAAUGCUAUCCAGUUGUCUAUAGAACAGCUGGUUAAUGAAAUGGCCUCUGAUGAUAAUGCAAAAAGCAAUCUUCUACAGUGACUUAAUUUCCACACCAUGGGAGGGAAAAAAAUGCUUAAUGGUAAAUUAUUUUACAUAUUUGUGGCAUUUCUUAUUCAGUAACAAAUGAGAGAUUUAACAUCUGUAGAAUUUAAAGGUACAAUUCCAACCCAGAAGUGCUAAAGAAUUAAGUUAUAAAACCCUCCCUUAUCACUGAAAUGUAGCCACUUCUGGAUUGGAGGAAGUCAGUACAGAUUGCAAUGAAAAGUGAUAUCCAGGAAAUUGCUAAAAUGGUUUGUGGAGAUCAGAGUGCUUGGGAGAAGCAAGAUGUAUUUAUUGAGUACUUGCGGUAUGCCAUAAGCUCUUUAAUGUCCUCUGAUGUCACAAAGCCUGGUUUCCUUUUAAAAGUUCAACACUGUGUAUAGGUUAACAUCGCAUUCUGUUUUCAAGAACUUUUUUUUUACAGUGCACUUUUAUGUUGUAUAAAAUGGUGAAUAAGGUGAGCUAUUUUUGUGAAUGUGUGACUUAUAGCUGUUAUACUCCUAGGCAGUAGUCUUACCUCAAAAAAAUACUGCAAACCAAAAAAAUAAUAGUUUGAUUAAACAUGAGUGGUUUUCUAGUCUUGCUCAAGUUCCUUACAAAAGCCAUUCACAAAUUACUUCAAACACGCAAAUAAUUACCAAGUGCAAAGGUGUGGAAACAGCGAGUGCAUUUUCCAUCUCCAUCUUUCUUCUGCCCCAAGCAGACCUGUAUAAAAAUCCACUUGCGCAUGGGAUCAUCUGCUGAAAAGCUAAAAACAAAAAAACAAAACAACAGGGCUUCC